UAAGUUUUGUUCUUCGUGAUUCCUAAACGACAAUGAUCUUCUUCUCUAAGCUUAAUCGCUCCAUUUCUCGUUCAAGGGGGUUUUUGUACGGUGGUGGUGUUAGAUCGGCGGUGUUAAACGAGGCAAGGCUACUUGCUUCGCCAGGUCUUGAGGCGGCGUCUGUGAAUCAAGUGGAAGGUGGAUUAGGGUUUAUAAGAAGACACUUUGCUGCUUUAGCUUCACGGAAGGGUUUAGUCAAUAAUGAUUUGAUUGGUGUUUUUGCUAAUCCAAGACUUCGUAGAUUCUUUUCUGAUGAAGCUCCUAAGAAGAAGAAUUAUGAGAACUAUUUUCCUAAAGAUACAAAGCAAGAACCCAAGAGUGAUCAGAAAUCAGAGCAUAAAGAGGGUUCAGAGAAGAAUGAAAAUGAGAACGUGGGAGAUAUGUUCAUGAAUCGAUUCCAAAAUUUACUGAUUCCUCUAUUAGCUCUUGCUGUGUUCUUUUCUUCUUUCUCGUUUGGCUCUGGGGACCAACAACAGGCAAGUAUAUUUAAACUAAGCUUUGUGAUAUUCUUGGAUAUGGGAACUGCAGAUGUAGUUCUGCUCGUAUGUUUUCCACUAAUAUCCCCUGUUACCUUUUUUUUGUUUCAGAUUAGUUUUCAGGAGUUUAAAAACAAGCUUCUCGAGCCUGGUCUAGUUGACCACAUAGAUGUUUCAAACAAAUCAGUAGCAAAAGUCUAUGUGAGGAGCUCACCGAAAGACCAACAAACAACUGACGUUGUCCAUGGCAAUGGUAAUGGUAUUCCUGCUAAAAGAACAGGUGGUCAGUAUAAGUACUACUUCAAUAUCGGUAGUGUUGAUUCUUUUGAGGAGAAACUCGAAGAAGCUCAAGAAGCGUUAGGUGUUGAUCGUCAUGAAUAUGUUCCUGUCACAUACGUCUCUGAAAUGGUCUGGUAUCAAGAGUUCAUGAGGUUUGCACCGACUUUAUUGCUCUUGGGUACUCUUAUCUAUGGGGCGAGACGGAUGCAAGGUGGAUUGGGUGUAGGAGGAACCGGUGGUAAGAAUGGUCGUGGAAUUUUCAAUAUAGGCAAAGCCACAAUAACGAGAGCGGAUAAACAUUCCAAGAAUAAGAUUUAUUUUAAGGAUGUUGCUGGAUGUGACGAGGCUAAACAAGAAAUUAUGGAGUUUGUACAUUUCCUUAAGAACCCAAAGAAGUAUGAAGAUUUGGGUGCUAAAAUUCCGAAAGGGGCACUUUUAGUCGGUCCGCCUGGAACCGGAAAGACCCUUUUAGCAAAAGCCACAGCGGGAGAAUCGGGUGUGCCAUUUCUGUCUAUUUCUGGCUCAGAUUUCAUGGAGAUGUUUGUUGGUGUUGGGCCUUCGAGGGUGAGACAUUUGUUCCAAGAGGCGAGACAAGCUGCACCGAGCAUUAUAUUUAUAGAUGAGAUUGAUGCGAUUGGUCGGGCAAGAGGUCGUGGAGGUUUAGGCGGAAACGAUGAACGUGAAAGCACUCUGAAUCAGUUGCUAGUUGAAAUGGACGGUUUUGGUACAACCGCUGGAGUUGUGGUUCUUGCUGGGACCAACAGACCGGAUAUUUUGGAUAAAGCUUUGUUAAGGCCUGGACGUUUUGAUCGCCAGAUAACCAUUGAUAAACCUGAUAUUAAAGGUCGUGAUCAGAUUUUCCAGAUUUACUUGAAGAAGAUCAAACUCGAUCAUGAGCCAUCAUAUUACUCUCAAAGGCUUGCGGCUCUCACUCCCGGGUUUGCUGGAGCUGACAUUGCGAAUGUGUGUAACGAAGCAGCUCUUAUUGCUGCUAGACACGAAGGAGCAACGGUUACAAUGGCACACUUUGAAUCUGCAAUUGAUCGUGUUAUUGGUGGUCUUGAGAAGAAAAACCGGGUAAUAAGCAAGUUGGAGCGACGUACGGUUGCAUAUCAUGAAUCUGGGCACGCGGUUGUAGGGUGGUUCCUCGAACACGCAGAGCCUUUGCUGAAAGUGACUAUUGUGCCACGUGGCACAGCGGCUCUCGGAUUUGCACAAUAUGUUCCAAACGAAAACCUUCUCAUGACCAAAGAGCAACUCUUUGACAUGACUUGCAUGACCCUCGGUGGCCGUGCAGCUGAGCAGGUAUUGAUAGGAAAAAUCUCAACGGGUGCGCAGAACGAUCUAGAGAAGGUGACAAAGAUGACGUACGCGCAAGUAGCUGUAUACGGUUUCAGCGAUAAGGUUGGCCUGCUCUCGUUUCCACCAAGGGAUGAUGGCUACGACUUCUCUAAACCAUACAGCAACAAAACCGGCGCUAUCAUAGACGAAGAAGUUAGGGAAUGGGUGGCCAAAGCUUAUGAGCGGACCGUAGAGCUGGUUGAGGAACACAAAGAGAAAGUGGCUCAGAUCGCCGAGCUUUUACUAGAGAAAGAAGUGUUGCAUCAGGAUGAUCUCUUAAAAGUUUUAGGUGAACGUCCAUUUAAGUCCGCCGAGGUGACUAAUUAUGACCGGUUCAAGUCUGGGUUUGAGGAGAGUGAGAAAGACUCAGCCCCUACGCCGACAGUGGAGCCUGUGGUAGAUGAAGGAGCUCCUCCGCCGCUUGAACCACAGGUUAUUCCGACGUAAGAGAAACGUCACUGUUACAAUUGUAAAUUUUAAUUCAGAAUGCAAUAACACAAUUCACCAAAAAAAAAGCACUCUCUUGUUCUUCUAUGUUUUUAGUGAUGAGGGACUUUGUUAGCAAAUGAAUAUUUUUGUUUUCU